GGGGAACCCUAGAGACAACUGUAGGGCCCUGAACACUGCACAACACACAUCAACAGUGCGCGGAGGCGGUUGGAGAUCUUGGACUGAAGUGCAUCUUUGAUUUGAUAACGGGGUCAGGCGAAAUAGGGUUUCGGUUGUGCAUCUGGGAAAAGAGGAGGAGAGGGGGCGCAGGCUGUGAUCAGUAGCUGUGAGGUUUUUGGUUUGGCACAGAGGGUAGGUAAGAGGAGGGGCGCUGUCAUUUAUUAAGGUAGGGUCUGGCGAAGAAGGGGGGGGGCAGUCAUGGAGGGAUCAGGACCUCCUCACAAGAGGCUCAGGGUGGGGGCUUCUGGCGCUGGGGAUCCUACAGAUGAAUGUCACAAAUUCAACACUCCAGAGGGGUGUCCAUAUGGCGAUCGCUGCAGGUUUCGCCACCCGACUGCAUCAGGAGAGGAUGCCCGACAAGAUGGUGCUGGGCCGCAACCACCUGCCCCGGGAAGCAGAUCAAAGGCGUGCACAAAGUUUUUCAGCACCUCUGGCUGUCCUUACGGUGAGAAUUGUCAUUUCUUGCAUUAUGUCCCUGGCGGGAUCAGUGCAAUAGCUCAUGCUCUUGCAGCUGCUCAAAAUGGCCAAGCGUCUGGCAUUAUGGAUGCAGGAGUGAAUCUUGGUGGGUAUAAGGCGCGAUUGUGCAACAGGUAUCGCGAGCCUGGGGGUUGCCGCUUCGGUGACAAGUGCCACUUUGCUCAUGGAGAACAUGAGUUGCAGCCGGAUCCCGCAGGAGGAGGGGACUUGCAACAAGGUGGGGCUGGGCAAAUUGGUCGUGGCGGGUCUGGGUCUGCAGUCAGCGGGCAGUUUGGAGGCAUGGUGGGUGUAGGGAGGGAGAAUGGAAGAGGAGGACUUUUUCCUCCCGGCACGGGGCCAGAGAUGAGUGCAUCUAUGUCAGCUGCUGCUUCGUUCGGUCAAUCGACAACCACGAAGAUCAGCAUCGAUGCAAACCUGGUUGGGGCCAUCAUUGGGAAGGCUGGUGCCAAUGUCAAGCAAAUAUGCAAGCUGACGGGGGCGAAGGUGUCUAUACGUGACCACGAAUCUGAAACGAACCUUCGGAACGUGGAAAUGGAGGGGUCACUAGAGCAAAUUGAAAAAGCGUCAAACAUGGUGCGGCAGUUUUUGAUGCAGAGGGAUCUUACGCCUUCAAAGCCUCCAGGGCUGGGCCCCCAUAACUACAAGACAAAGAUGUGCGAAAACUACCCGGGCGGCACCUGUACCUUCGGCGAUCGGUGUCACUUUGCUCAUGGUGCCCACGAGCUGAAAGAUCCCCCACCUGAUGUGGGAGCUGGAGGUGGUAUGGUGGGCAGGUCUUUGUCGAGACCAAGAGGGAUGGUCAUCUAGGUGUACCCUUGUGCGGUAGAGGAGACGGUUACAGGCGAGGUUAGAACGGCGUUUAGUAGGGAGUUUUUAGGGGUGUAUGUUAUAGCUUGAUGCUGAUGUAGUCGGGGGGCUCGGAGUAUAGUAGGGAGUUUUUAGGGGUGUAUGUUAUAGCUUGAUGAUGAUGUAGUCGGGGGGCUCGGAGUAUGACAGCUAGCGUAGUGGAGAUGUAGGGAUCUACUCCGUUCAGCGGGCUGUUUAGUCUAGCUUCUCAUCAGACUUUGCCUGGGCAGAGGACCUUGCACGCUUGCAUUCCGACGCUGUUCCCUUUCUUGAUGCAAGCUACGUUGCUAGUUUGUGGGUGGUAAAUGGGAGGUGGUGGGGAUGGGGGUGGAUGUUCAUGCUGUAGAGCCCGAUUGCCGUGCACGAUGAAGACUAUUGUAUGGAUGGAAGCUGCCCUCAUGGUUAUGGCGGGUGUGACCAUGGCGUCGCGUGGAUGGGAGCUACUCUCCUUGUGGUUAUCGGGGGUGUGACGAUCUCGAAUGCGAUUGCAGUCACUGGAAGUAACUUCAAGUAAGGUGUCCGCUUCAUGCAGUAGCACUCGUAUGGUCUGAAUGUCGAGGCCCUGGCAUCGGUGACAGGGAUGCGAUCUGGACAGGCUGAGGAUGUGCUCGCCGCGGGAAACUGCUACUCACGGGCAGGCAAGUCGGCUUCUGGGUCUAUUGAAGUGGUAAGACGUGCCGGACAAUUGGAAUGGUAUCUGAUGUGCUGAGCUCUUCGAAGGCACCGGGUCUUGCGGCAUGUAUAUCUGGAAAUGGCAAGGUAGAUAACAUCACUGGUGGAGGAAGAGAAUCGACAACAGGAUGCACAUAACCUCCUUUGAUCGGCAAAUCGCAUAAAACUCUAAUGGACUUAAAAAUCCGAGGAGAGCGAAAUGUGUGACCGCGGAGAGGUGCGAAACUGCAAGGAAAGAGGGGAACAAAGGGAACGAGAGCAAAAUCAUUUCCUAACAGGUGAAACUUGAAACACAAUUUGGGAAUGCUUUAUCAUCAACUGGAAAUGGCAAGCUAGAAAAGGGCAGCGAAGGAGGAAGAGACGAACCGACAACAGGAUUUUUAAUCAUCUUCAAUCUGCAAAUCAUGAAGAAGAAGCAUCAACCAAGUGAAAAGCGGCGGAGUUAAAUGUUUAUCUCAUCCAGAAGUGGGAAGUUAGAGAAGAAAGGGGACGCCGUAGUGAAAACCAAAUCGGCCGUCAACGGUUUCUGACAGAAAUCAGCUUAAGCUUCGACAAGCAUGGGAGAUAGAAGAGGGGGGGUUGGAAAAGACCCCCUUUUUGAAUUUUUGAUAAAUCAAUCUGCAUCCGCGGGAGAAUUUUCAAGGUAGGAUUCUUUAACGAUUGCGAUCGUCAAGCAGCAGCAAUCUUCAAUGAACAGUGACAAGAAGC